AUGCCAAUUGUGGCACGAAUCAACCAAGCUCGUAGUCCCCUGUAUCGCUCCCUCUCCCGCGUGAGUAUGAUUGCACGCACGCGGCGCGGAAGGCAGAACCGCCGCUCGCUGCUGAGCACGGCGGCGCCAGCACCAGGACCGGGGCAGAAGGAGGGGCCGCCGGGCGAGCCGCCGGGCAGGCGCAGAGCGGGAGUGGCGCAACAGGCGGGGCGGUGGGCGGUUCGGCGGCGGCGUGCGGAUGACGGGUGGUGCUGCCCGCUGAAGGAGAAGUGGGGGUGCAGGCAGGGCGGCGGCAUGAGGGCGGAGGAGCCCCUGGCGCUGGCGGCCCCGCAGGUGGUCGGUGGCGAGGCAGAGGCGACGAGCGAGGAGCAGGGCGGCAGCGGCUGCUGCAGCAGCGAGCGGCUAGUGAUCAACAUCUCUGGGCUGCGCUUCGAGACGCAGCUGCGGACCCUCUCCAUCUUCCCCGAUACGCUGCUGGGCGACCCAAGCCGCCGGGUGCACUACUUCGACCCUCUCCGCAACGAGUACUUCUUCGAUCGCAACCGACCUAGCUUCGAUGCCAUCCUUUACUACUACCAGUCUGGAGGGCGGCUUCGGCGGCCAGUCCAUGUGCCCCUCGACAUCUUUCUGGAGGAGAUCCGUUUCUACCAGCUGGGCCAGGAGGCCAUUGAGACCUUCCGGGAGGAUGAGGGUUUCAUUCAGGAGGAGGAGAAGCCCCUGCCUGAGCACCACUUCCAGCGCCAAGUCUGGCUGCUCUUUGAGUACCCUGAGAGCUCUGGACCAGCCCGUGCCAUUGCCAUUGUCUCUGUGCUGGUGAUCCUCAUCUCCAUUGUCAUCUUCUGCCUAGAGACUCUGCCUGAGUUUCGCCAGGAGCUCAAGGUUACUCAGCCUGGUUUUGGGGAGCUGGCUGUACUCGAUGAUGACAUACUGCUGCCACCACCGCCACCAAGCGGGAGCCCACAGUCUCCACAGUCCACUGCUGGUGCUGGCCUUUUCUUCACUGACCCUUUUUUCCUCAUUGAGACAUUGUGUAUCAUCUGGUUCUCCUUUGAGCUUCUUGUGCGUUUCUUCACUUGCCCCAGCAAGCCUGACUUCUCUCGCAACAUAAUGAAUAUCAUUGACAUCGUGGCAAUCAUCCCCUACUUCAUCACCCUGGGCACGGAGCUAGCACAGCAACCACAGCAGAAGCAGCAGUCUGGGAGUAGCAGCAACAACGGGGGCCAGCAGCAAGCUAUGUCCUUGGCAAUCCUCAGAGUCAUCCGACUGGUCAGGGUCUUCAGGAUCUUCAAGCUCUCCAGGCACUCCAAAGGGCUACAGAUCUUGGGGAAGACUCUCCAGGCCAGCAUGAGGGAGCUAGGCCUCCUCAUCUUCUUCCUCUUUAUUGGUGUGAUCCUCUUUUCUAGUGCCGUAUACUUUGCAGAGACCGAUGACCCUGACUCGUUGUUCACCAGCAUUCCUGAUGCUUUUUGGUGGGCAGUGGUGUCCAUGACCACUGUGGGCUAUGGGGACAUGUAUCCCAUGACAAUUGGUGGCAAGAUUGUGGGUUCCUUGUGUGCCAUUGCGGGUGUGCUCACCAUUGCUCUGCCUGUGCCUGUCAUUGUGUCCAACUUCAACUACUUUUACCAUCGAGAGACUGAUAAUGAAGAGCAGUGCCAGUACACCCAUGUUACCUGUGGCCAGCAGCAGUCACCCUUCUCUGAGCCCAAGAAGGGGGACAGUAAUCAGUCUAUCAGCAAAUCUGAAUUUUUGGAAGUGGAAGACCUGGAGUCCAUGAAAUAUUCCAAUUUCAUCCCCCCUGGUAAUCAGGGUUAUAAAGAGAAGAAAAUGCUGACAGAAGUGUGAUCAGUUUUGUUAUCCUGGAUCCAGGCACAGAGCCGCAAGCUGCUGCACAGCUGUCUUCCCACUAGCAGUUGGAUCUAUUCAGCAUUUACAUACCAUACUGUGGAUUGUGAUACCGUAAACGGAGUCGUCGUGAUAAUGGGCUCUUCUGUCCUGAUAUGCUGUUUCUUGUUGCUGUGUGCAGUCAAAAACGUUCUUGCUUUGUUCUGUGGAGUGCUAGCUGUCAUUCCCUGCUCCCUCAUGGAUGUCUUCCUGCUCCCUCGUGGACGUCUUUUUUAUUUAUUUAUUUAUUUUUAUUUGAAGAAAACUGUAAUCCAAUUUUAGCUUAGAAGCCUAAUCUUUCUACUCCAUUAGCAAAGAAGUCCUUGCAACAACUUCAGCUGAAGGAUUCUGCAGGGAGUAAGUAGUUAAAGGGGCUAUGAACAUCUGGCUCUAGCUGUACCCUUGGUUCCUGUGCCAGCUUGGUGCCCUUGGCUGCGGGAUCAGUCACGCCUGCAAUGCCAUUGCCUUUGAAUAAUGGAAAUGCUUUAGCUAGCCUCACAGUGAGUUCUGCAGCUGUAGGGAAAAGUCAGCAAACAGAUGCCUUUCUUGUUUGCAACACUUGGCUUGAAGAAGAUCCUCUUGUUUUAUGUUUCUAAAAAGUUGCAUAAAUAUAAAAGCACUUGCUACUUCAUAUAUGCAUUUAUCAUAAGUGGGCAUAAAUAAUUUGACAGUCUUGUUGAAGAUUCUCUGUGUUUUGAUCUUAUUUAAGUCUUACUUGUGCCAGUAUCUUGAUGUUACUUGGCUUUUAUAAUACCAAGUUAACUUUUGUAAUGGUGCCUUCUCACUUUUGAGAAAAUUGAUUUGUUAUCUCCCCAGUUUAUUUCCACAAGUGUUUAGUGAGAUGUACUUUACGCUUAAGCUACUCAGUUCUGUAUUCAGUGAACACAGUUGACUCCACUGCGUUUUUGUUGAAGUGUUUCUGUAGCUGAGGAAAGUUUGCAUGCUGGUAUUAUGUUGAUAUUGCCAAAAAACACAUCUAUCUGCGCUGUCUAAAAAUUCCUCUGAUAUUGUGGGUCACAGUCAUAAAUUACCCCUGGGUAAAUGUAUUGGCAGUAGAGGCUGGCCCUUACACCAGCUUCCUUAAGACAUCUGCACAAACUCAAUAGCAUACCCCAGAACUUUAAAAUGAGAGGAAAAAGAGGUAACCUUGAAAUGGUAUUUUUUCUUUAUUAGUGAUUCAGCCAGUUCUGAGUAUUUCUUAAAUUGAAGGCACAGAAAUGAUUUUUUCAUGCACUAGAUUUUAUAAGCACAACUUACAGUAGCAAUGCAAAAUACAUUCCUUAGCCUGCAUUGCUGGGCUUGUCAAGGGACCAGAUAAUUUCAUUUUAAGAUGCAUGUUUUUCUUCACAGAUCACAUUUAUCUCUGCCAAUUCCCAAUUUUAAAAUGUUUCAAAUGCUGCUAGUUGAUGAAAAGAGGUAACAAAUACUUUUAGAUUCUAUUGGUAAAUUUUCAUGCAAAUACAUGUAUUGUUUUUGUUUUUAAAUGUGAAUGUAUAUUCUGCAUUCAUAUGUGUGCAUGUGUAUGAAAGCAAAGGCAGGCAAAAUCAUAGUAUCAUAGAACUAUAGAAUGGCUUAGGUUGGAGGGACUUUAAGAUAAUCUAAUUCCAACACCCAUGCCAUGGUCAGGGUUGCCAGCCACUGGGUCAGACUGCCCAGUAUCCCAUUCAACCUGCUUUGAAAUCCUGUAGAGAUGGAGCAUCCACAACUUCUCUGGGCAACAGUGCCUCACUACCCUCCGAGUAAAGAAUUUUUUCCUAACACCUAACUUAAAUCUUCCCCCUCUUUUAAUUGAAAGCCCUUCCUUUGUAUUCUGUCACUAUUAGACCAUAUGAAAAUCAGUCUCCCUUCUGCUUCUAGCCUCCCCUCCAGGCCAUGAUGAGGUUUUCUCUUGGACUUUUCCAAGCUAGACAAGCCCAGCUCCCUCAAUUUUUUCUUUGUGAUAGACAUGCUCCAGCCCCUUGAUCAUCUUCAUGACCCUCCUCUAGAUUUGCUCCUGUAGCUCCUCAACUUUCUUGUGCUGGGAGUCCCAAGCCAGAUACAGAACUCCAGAUGAGGCUUCACAAGCGCAGAGUUAAGGGUACAAUCACCUCCUUUGCCCUGCUGGCCAUCCCUCUUUUGAUGCAGAUCAUGUUGGCUUUCUGGGCUGCAAGCACACAUAGCUUGCUCAUGUCUAGCUUGUUGUCCACCAGGAUCCCUAAAUCCUUCUCCACAGGGCUGCUCUCAGGGAAUUCCUCUCCCAUUGUGUAUGUAUACAUCUGGGAUUAUCCUGAUCCAAGUGCAGAGUGUCGCACCUGGCCUUACUGAAUCUCAUUAUUGCUUGUUUGCCCAAUUUUCAAGUCUAUUCAAGUCCCUCUGGAUGGCAUCCCUUCCUUAUGUCAUAUCAACUGCACCACUCAGCUUGGUGUCAUCGGCAAACUUGCUAAGGGUACACUCGAUCCCAUUGUCUGUGUCACUGAUUAAGAUGUUAAAGAGCACUGGCCUCAAGACAGGCCCCUGUGGGAUACCACUCAUCACUGGCCUCUAUCUGGACAUAGAUCCAUCGACCACAACCCUGUGACCCAGCCAAUUCUUUGUCCACUGAGUACUCCACAAAACAGAUGUAAUUACAAGGUGCGAAAUAUAUAGAAUAUGUUUUAUAUAUAUGUAUAUGUCAUACUUUUCAAACAUAAGGCUGAGAUUGCUAAGGACAUGUCCUUUAAUAUUGUCUGAGCUGGCAGGGUUGUGAGAUGGGAUCUGUUUACAUCUUUGUUACCCUGCUUAUUUUCCAUUGUCCUGAGACUUGGCUCCAUGCCUAGAGUGCUUUUAUUGUAUCUCUCCUCAUCUGGGUCAUGAUCAUAUGGUAGAAGUUGUUUGUGUAAGUCCUAAAUGCUGCACAUCUCCAGAGACCCACUGUCUUCUCAAAGAUUUCUAAUGUACAAGGAACUCGCCUUAGGUCAGUGCACAGACACUGCACUGAUUCCUCUGUUCUCUCUCACUGGUCAGCAGCAAAAAGUCAUUUGUUACUGCAGAUCAGUCUGGGAGACCACAUAUGGUGUCGUAUGGUGAUGGCUCUGUAGGUGAGAGGAGCUUGCCUGAAUAAAGAAAGCAGAAUGUGACUUUCCAGGCUACCUCCACAGAUAUCUGUGUCUAGAGCUUUUUUGGUACAUUGGAACUGAGGCAAAUUUAUCUGAAUUUCUGGGCUUUGGGUUUCAUUCUGCAUCUCUCGAAGCAUGUAACUUGUGGGUCAGUAAUACUGGAUCCCACUGCAACAAAAUCUCUGUUGAUUUUGUGUAAAAAGAUGUCUUGGUCUCUGAAUUAAUUCUGCAAAAUGCUGUUGUUAUUCUUAGUUGUGUAUCAGAUUAAGUACAGUGAAAUAUUCUUCUGAAUGAAAGGUAUUGGCUUUCAGUUUUAUGUUGUCCUUGCAAGUGCACUAAGCUAGCAGAAGAACCUGCUAUUUAAGAAGGAUGUGUCGAGGCUGUUGCUGUCUCCUAGUAGAAUGCCCAUCUUUGGGAUUAUUUUAUGCAGAAGUGUAUCAGCUGAUACAAGUUCCCCAAAGUAAGAUAUAAAAAGCUCAGGUUAAGCACGAGUUCAGGAGAAGGCACGAGCUAUGCUCUGCUUGCGUCAGAAAAUUCCUUGUGCUGGUUUCUUCUCUUUGGCCCAACCCCUCUGCCCCUGCCAGGCAGGAGCUGUACCUCUCAAGAAUAGGUCGUUCUUCCAGCCAGCGUGGUACGUGGCUGGGCAUGCAGACUCCAACAACAACAAAAAAAAAGACGUGAGAGAUAUAACCAGUAACAUAAACUCUAGCAUGUCUUGUAGAGAUGUUCUGGUAAUAAGAGCUUCUGCUAUCAAAUGAAAUUCAGCUGUCGGUUUCUAAGCAUAUAGAUGUACACAUGCAAAAGAACAAACAGACCACUUUAUGUGCAGUUUUUUGCACUCCAUAUUUUUCAAUUCUGGAAACAAUGUGGAAAUGAAAAUGUGUAAAACAGGAAUGUUGUUUUGUCCCUGGAUUUUCUGUGUUAGAUCUAAAAGAAAUACAAAAAGUUAGCAAGUUUGGAAAGUGUAACCUGGGAGUUUUAUUUAAAUGUGCAAAUCUGUUUUUAAGCAUCUCCUAAAAAAAAAAAAAAAAAAAAAACAAAACAAAAAACAGGAUAGUCAUGCAGUGUUAUCAGCAACUUCUGCAUGCCAGCACUUCUGGCAUUCAGCAUUUUUAUUAAGCAGCCUUCAGAAUUUUUGCAAUUGACUUAAGUGACAUUGUGCCUUUAUAGAGCACUUAAGUUUCCAGCUGUUAGCAGUCACCUCUGGAUGCUUGAAAUACAAAUCUGUCUUUCUCUUUAGCUAUUUUCUUCUUAAGGCAGCCCACAUCUUUUGAAGCAAAGUAGCAUCUCCAAGAAUUCAUGACAAUCUCACAGACUGUUUCUCUACCGUGUGGCUUUGGCUACAAGCAAAAGCACUGUUGAAUAUGUUCAGUCCUCAGUUAUUAGCAGGCCACCUUUGCAGCCAUUUUCUUUGGUUAGUGAAGAUCGCAUCAUAUUAUAUUGUGUAUAGCUGCCCUGUUAAACUCCAGACUGACAGACUGUUAACAGUGUUUGAAAACAGGCAGUUCAAACAAGGAAACAGGAAGGGACUUUAUAUCCUUGCACGUGGAGAGAUGAAGAGUGUGUGAAAGACAUGCUUAGGGACAAGGGGGCCAACUGGUCAAUGAGUGCUCAGUAACGAGGAAUACAAGGAAGAAUGUUGCUUUAAAAAACACAGAAUCCUUUUUUUAACAAUCUCACUAGGAAAUAAAGUUUUGCUAUGGACAAGACUACCACUUUUUUCCUGAAUCUUUGGCCAUUCUGUGACAAUCAGUUAUAAAGAAAAUUUUCCACAGGAUAUUUUGCACCAAAUCAGAUCAGGGGAGAAAUCAAUGAGGGAAGGAAAAGAAGAAUUUUACUGUGCAUGCCUUUUUUAUUCACUGCUUAUCAACCAUCUGGUGGACUGUAAGUUUAAAAGGCAUGAAAAGUUGUUUUGCAGUAUUUCAGAGUAUUACUGAAGGAUUCCUGAAGUUUUCUACAAGAUGAAAGUUCUGUUCCUGUUUGGAAAAUGUUGCACAUUAUGUUCCUUGAGCAAUUUUCUGUUUUGGCCCUGUUCGUUCUGAUCCAGCUUAUACAGAUAAAAGUCACUGCUACAGCAGCUGGAAGGAUGAAGGUGACAGGACUAAGUGUUCUCUACUAGCCCCACUCAUUUGAUGCAUGGAGAUCCCUGCAGAGAUAAAGAAGAAUGAGUAUAAAGAAAAUUCAAGGGAGCAAAAAGCAGGGUAAGGGCUGACGCGUCUUUCAUACUAUGAUGAAAAGAACAGGAUCGUCCCUAAAAGCAGAAGAACUAACAGCUCCAGCUUCUGCUGUUGUAGCAGAGGUACUGCUUACAUCAGGGAAUGCAGAUUACAGCAGGAGUUAACCUCAGCUUUCCUGAAAACUCUCAUCUGACUUAAAUCCAAAUUGAUGGCAUCCAUUUUCAGAAAGCAGAUGCUGCCCUCUUUUGCAUUGGUGCAAUUCUGGAAAAGAACCUCGUCAGUGAAGUAACUCCAAACUUAUCUCCGAUGAAAGCAAAAUUGGACCACAGUCUCAUCAUUUGCUUAUAUGCCUUGGUGCUCUAGGAAGGUGCACUACUACCAUACCGUAAGUUGAGCCUGUAUGCUGUGCCACACUCAGCUUUUUUGUGCCCUUAACAGUUAUGAGCCUGGCAGAAGUCAGGCUGGUGAGCAGUUUUUGGGGUCACUAGAUUGCUCAUAUCAAGUAGAGCAGAUUCCAUUUCUAGAUCCUUGCCUUCUUUCCUAUCCCAAUUUCUGUCAGUUUCCUCUUGCUUUGAUAUGAUCUGUCUCUAAGGAGACAGAUUUUUUAUGGUAAGAAGUUAUACUUGCAGUUCUUAAAUAAUACAAUGACAGAAGGGUAGCAGCAGUAGGCAUGGAGACAAUUUCUACUCCUCCUACAGAUUUUUACUGUUAUGGCCAUCUGUAAAAACUGUCACAGUCCUGUCAGGUUGGCUGUAGAUCUGCUGACUCUAGGGUCUCCAUUUUCAGAAUAUACUAAGUUUAAACAAAUCAGAUCACUUAUUUCUUGCUCCAAUACUUCUGAUUUUAAUGAUGCCUCCCCUGAAAAAGCUUUACAUAAAAGCCAUUAGUGUAUGCUGUGUGGAAAAUUACUACUUAAGAUAGGAUAGAUGAGGAUCAAUAGAGGAAAUACAGAGUCAGUAAAAAGCACAGUAAAUAAUCAUUGUGAGAAAGGAAAGAGGUUCUUAAAGGAGUUGUUUAAGGGUUAUUCUCUAGAUUGUUUAAAGUAUUUGCAGUAGGACUAAGAUAAAAUUUAGCAGUGAUGUAACCUAAGUGUCACUGUGUGUGUGAACGUGAAUGAUGGACUUAAAGAAACUGGAAGAUACUAAAUAGCACAGCAAUUAAAAUAGGGAUUUUGAUAGCAAGCAUAUCACUUAGACAAAGAUUGGGAGUGGUAAGAACAGUCAGAGUACCAGUGUCAAUUAGAGUCACAAGAGUGAUGAAGUCAUAAGCUUCAGAUACAACUCUUGAAAUUGUCAGAAGAACUUCUGCUACCACCUGGGAAGUGUUAAUUCUUUAAGGCCUUGUCUGGAGUGUUUUGUGCCUUUGUGGUGACCUAAAUUUAGUGAAUUUUAACUCAGAGUGGGAAGGAAGCAUGGGAAUGGCAGCCAGAAUUAUCAGGUGGAUCAACACAACUUCACAAGAGAAACUUGGAAAAAACUGUCUUUUCUAGACCGGCAAAAGAUUGGCAAGACCUGUAGUUACAAAAUUACAAGGGAUUUUAUUUAUUUUUAUUUAAGUGGUGUUGGUGAACAAUAGAGCAAAAACUGACAAUGAAUAAAUUUAUAUUGGAAAGCAGUGAGUUCCAGUAUAACAGAUAAGAGGAAAUGAAAACUUGUUUUGGGAGAAAAGCAAAUGUUUUUUUUCAAAUGAACUUUGGCAAAUUUGUGGAAGCAUUCUUAUAUAGAAGUAGUUACAUACAAUGUUGAACCUAAUUGUAUUUCAGGUGCCAAAUAUAUAAGCAAUUGUAUCUUACUGCCUGUAUCUUCUGAAAAAAAAUACAGCUUAGAUGACAUUAUAUUUUUUAGCUGCAAGAUGCCCAACCCUAUUGACCCUUUUUAGUACUUGGGCAGUUUGGUGUAUGGGCAGGAAGAAUUGUGGGAGGAACACGAGUCUUUGGAGAUGGCUGUUUCUCUGUGGAAAUGAGGGAAGAGAAAGAAGUGCAAGUAGUAGGUUAGGAUGGAGCAGGCAGUACCUGAGUGGUCUAUGUAAUAGUUUGGAGACAGAGGAAAGGCCGGUCCCUUAAGCUUUUAUUACUUUUUGCACUUUGAAAGCACAACGAUCUCUGUCCAUUGCCUUUCCCUUCAACCUGGAACCUCUGCUGACUGUUUCUGGUCCUUUCUCCCUGUACAGAACUUUCAAGGUCUUCACUAAUCUUUCUUCCUUCUAGGGUUUCUGGUAAUUCCUUGUUAUUAUUAACUCCCUGGAGUAAUUUCAGUAGCACAUAAUUUUGAGAAAAGCCUUGAGCAAGCUCUGCUGCAGCUCAGCUCGGGUUUCUAAUUUGGAUGCAGAAAUCAACAGUGACAAAUAACCUUCACUGAACUGAAGGUCAGCUAAGUUGAUAACAGUGGCCUACAAGAGGUUAUCAGAAUAAUCCUCUAUUAAAAAGCACUGUUCUGGCAGAGACAAAGCCAUGGUUUCAUGUUUCUUCUUUCACCUCUUUGAGUUCAUCUCAUUCUGUGGCAAUAUGACUGAGACUUUGAGUUCAGGGGAUAGAACAAUGAUUGACCAAGGUGGGAUCUUCACCCAUCCAUUCAGCUCUGUGUCACAAAAGCACAUAGGAAAACCUAGUCAUGUUUUGUCCAUGAGUCUUCUAAUUUGUUGCUGCUCUGUGCUCACUUAUGUGAUGAAACCAUCACCUUGUGAUUUAUAUCUAUAUUCUGGCUAGCAAGUUCAGUUGUUUUGUUUUGUUUGUUUUUGUUUUUAACUCUCCUUUUUAAUUCCUUAAUUAGAAAAAAAAGAAAAGCAAAACAAAAUUUUACCAAUAACGAUGCACAUUAUGGAAGCAUGUGAAUACGAACACCAAACUUUAUCAAUGACAUUGUCAGUAUGGUACAUACAAAUCUGGUUGUGUGUAAGUUAUUCUAAGAGCUUGUCAUCAUUUCUUGAGCUACAACAGUAUAAAAAAGGGAAAAACAAAUUAUCUUAUGACAUUUACAGAUGAUCCAACAAGUUUAAUUUGGACCAUAAACAGCGUUGCAUCUGUUUCUGAGCUCAAUUGAUUUUGACAUUGAUAGAAGAAGACACAAUUAGUAUAUGCUUAUGUGCAUCUUAAUUACAGCUGUUACAUUAUAUGCAGUGCAGUUGUGUAUGCCUUAGUCUUGAAGCAUGAAACAUAUUAAUGCUAAUGAUCCUACAGUAGUAAUCACUAUCAGCAAAAAGAUGAUCAAAGUGCUUAUGUGAUAAAAAUCAUAUAUGCCAUCUCAGAGCUCAAAGAACUUUCCAUUGGUGAGAAAGUGUUAUUACAGUUGAUUUUACAAUGAUGAUAGAAUAAAGCACAAUUAGCUAUGAAGAGUGGUAAGAAAACAAAAGUCUAAAUGAGCAGAACACAUGAGUCGUUUGUGCUGCAGAACAAUUUCUGUCUAUUCUUGGCCAUAGUAACCGUGGUUGAAGGUGUUGAUAUCACAAAGUACAGGUAAAUAGCACCAGAACAAAUCCGACAAGUAAAUUAUGUUGAUCUAUGAGGAUAUGGAAGACACAUUGUAUACUUCUCAAGAUCUGAAAUAUGCUGUAAUUGUAAUGUAUCAGGAAUAAUAUUGUCAGAUACAAUCCUUUUAGUGCUGUAGACUAGGGGUUUUCAUGCUUAUUAAAUGAUACCCACAAAACAACUGAUCUUUGUAGUUGUCCUUGGAGAUGACACGAGUUUCAAAAACACUCUUGAAGGUGUUCAGUACUGCUUAUUCAUUUGUCUAGUACCUGAUGAUCUAUUAGUUUUCUACAGCACACUGCAAAUAUUUUUG